CGUAACUUCCUGUUUAAACAUGGCGGCGCACUGACGAAAGUCACAUUAUUUCUGCUGCUGCUGAAAUCUACAGUUAUUGCUGUUAAUUACAUCGCAUGAACGGUGAAUAAAAAAGGCGACAUCUAGGAAGAUUUUGCUUUACAACGUUAAACAUCCGCAGAGGAUAAUCCAGCCAACACCAUGGUUCAUUUAUCAUCACUCCUACUAAAAAAGUACCACGGGGGUUAUGUGGUCAUCCGAUUGGCUCUUGCGGGCCACAAACAAGCUAACAGACCCUUUUAUCGCAUUGUGGCUGCUUAUAACAAAAGGGCAAGAGAUGGUAAAUAUGUAGAGCAGCUGGGUACCUACGACCCCCUCCCAAACAUCUACAACGAGAAACUUGUCAGCUGCAACUUCGACCGGAUCAAGUACUGGAUCGGCUGUGGUGCACACCCUACAAAGCCUGUGGCCAAACUUCUAGGGUUGGCUGGAUUUUUCCCUCUGCACCCUAUGACGAUAACAGAGGCAGAGCGUCAAAGGGCCCAAAUGGAGAUGACAGAAGCACCUACAAGAACAGGGGAUGGUCUGGAGUAGGGACAGAAGGAGGCUGAAGUGUGAGAAUAAAAGCUGGGGACUGUGUGUGACUGUCCAGUUCAAGAGGAUGAGAGAGAACUGGUCGUUUUGUUUCCUAACUUGUUGAGUGGACUGCUCGUAGCAACGUCAGAUAUGGAAUAUUGAAGUGUUUGUUGCUUUAGCAGCAGCUAUGAACAAUUCAUAUUAAAAAUUAUUCAUGAUAAAAUGA